AUGUCGGAAGGCUGUUGGGGCUGGUUCCUGCGCAACAUACUGCGCCACGAUGGCGAGUAUAUACCAAUAAAUAGUCGCGUGAUCCACGUGUCAUCGGAGUAUCGAUUUAGAGAAAUCAUUGAGUCAAGCAAGUGUCUCGUAAUUGUAUAUUUCUCAACUCCACGGCUCAACAGAUGCCGUCACAUCAAUACCGUGUUUCAUGAGCUCAGCGUGACGUACCCAGAGACAAAAUUCUUAAAAGUUGACGUCGAUGAGCUCAAGAAUGUAUAUGAAAGCUGUGACGUGGUGCAACUACCGACCUUUCAGUUUUACCGUCAUGGUGAUCAAUGCGACGAAAUGCGUGGCACAGAUCGAAAGGAGCUCGAGAUACGCAUUCAAAGACACAUGGUAGACGUGGAAUUACUUGAGGAAGAGUGCGCUGAUGUUGACAAAAAAAAUCUGUCCAACAAUGACACGGAAAGGAUGCGGAAACACAAGCUCGAGGUGGAGAUAGUGACGUCGGUAAAGCACUGGGAACAUCUUCUGCAGCAGAAUCAGAGAUCCAGCAAGGUGUUGAUUGUUCAAUUUUGGGCCACGUGGUGCAAGCCAUGCAAGAAUAUCAAGCCUUUCUUUGAAGAGCUGAGAAAUCGAUUUCCAGCCGCUUUAUUCGCAUACGUGGAUGUUGAUGAGCUUGAGAGCGUAACCGAGGCAUUCGAUGUAACUUCGUUACCGUGUUUCAAGGUGUUUACGGAAGGCAAAGUGGUGGACGAAAUGUGUGGAGCUAUUUUCAGUGCCCUUGAAGAUAUGACUGAAAUGUCUCAUUGA